GAAGGAGGUGACAGCUGCAGGCUACCCUGCAAGGGAGAGGUUGUUAUAUCAUUGCAAAAGGUGUCAAAUACAAGAAGCAUCGCUGCAUCCAGGAAAACCUCGAGUCAAAGGCUCUACACACACCGCCGAAGACCGACAGACUGACACAGACAGACUGGGACCCGCCGCGUUCCUCACUGGAGAUCAGUUCACCCAGCGGGCAUGGUUCAGUUCCCCGCGGUUGCGGUGGUAGGCCUACUGCUGCUAGGCUGCUGCGUUCGUGCGUGGGACUUGGAUAACUGUUGCUCCUGUCACGUGGUCCGAUGCGUUCCGACCGGCGACCUCGUCUUCGUGCCGUGCCCGAGUCCAUUGCUCCCCGACGACGCAGAGGUGAAAUUCCAGCUCGACCAGUCAGAAAAGAUGGCGCACUACCGCUUCUACGGAUCGAGAUGGAAUCGCUCGGAGCUCGACGCCGGGCUGGAGGAAAACGUGACGAUGGCAAAGAGACGGCCGGAGAUCAAUGUCAAGAUGCACUUGAACACGACGGCGUCGGACGGGUGGGCGCGGUUCGCGCUCGUCGGGGUCGCCGCGGAGGACAGCGGCCUUUAUCGGUGCAGCGCCAAGGUCAUCUACCCCCCCCCCGUGUUGACCCUCUGCAACGCGUCCACAGUGGACCUCCGCCUGGAAGGGCACCAGUGCGAGGCCCCUGUGGUCUGUGGCCCCCCGGUCUCCGGGCCCCCUGAAUGUCUCUCGAUCUGGAUCUGGAUCGGGGCGAUGGCGGCCCUGGGCGUGUACGCCCUGCUCGUCACCGUCGUGGCCUCGGUCAAACUUGUCCGGGUAAAUAAAGACAAAUUGAACCAGAGUGAGUACAUGAACACCAAACGUGUGGCGCGCUGAGAAGAGGAUCACAAGGGAAGGUCUUGAGUGGCUGUUGCAGCAGCCCUCCUGAUUGGUUCAUGCCUAGCCAAUCAGAGUCUUACCUUGCUUGCAAGGGCGUAACCACACAUUCUUUGGGGGGGUCGUGCCCCCCCCCAAUGUUGAGAAAAUACUAACCUGUCCCCCCCAAUAUACAGCAGGAUAAAAUGUAAAAUAUAUGUUCUCUUUUUAUGAACCCUGUCAAUGUCUCUUGUUAUGUCUUAUUUAUUUUCAAUUUAUUUCCGUUUGUUAAGUGUGUGAAUCCCCCCUCCUAAUUGUACACUUGUGCGAUUUAGUUUGAAACCACCUCGCGGCUUUCUGCGUUGUCAUGGUUACCCCACACUCUUUCUUCAGUGAGAGGCAAGAAAGUAAAGUUGAGUAAUGGAGGAUUUGAGGUUUCUUCAUCAUCACCAUCAGAGGGGCCAUGUGACUGUGCACUUUAACUAGACGUAAACUGAGAGAAGCUACACAUAUUUGGUCGAAAGUGAAUACAAAGCGGCUUGAAAACAAAGUACGACAGGAAACAGGAAAUCGCUUGUAACCCACAACAUUUGAUCAGAUACUGGGCAGAUUCUGAAAACAGCGGUGAGCAUUUCAUCACAUAUUUGGAUGCACUAAUAUGAAGAACAUUACUGCUGCCCACCGAGGGAACUGGAUGUCUAAUAACGAAAGAGAAGCAUCUAUCUCACGCCUAGUGAGAUAGAAGUGGCGACUUAAUUUGAAAUCUUUCAUGACUGAUAUCGUUUCUAAGCAAACUAGACACAUGGGUUUGCCUUUGAAUUCUAUGAACAGAUACUCUGCUUUUCUUCUUUCUUAACCAAGUUUUCUGUAACUCGUUUUUUUUUAUUAUUAUUUUUUUAUUAUUAUUAAAUAAAAAUUAUGUGCCCAGUUGCCCAUCCCUGACUUGGAGGAAUACAAAUUUUUGAGGACUCAUUUGGACAAACAUUCAAUCUGCCCCAAAAGUUGUGCUUUCCGCUUAUGAAUAUAGUAGAAUCAUAAUUUUGAUAUAAAUUGAA